AUGGGGACUGAGAAUCCUGGUCGUCCAAGUUUUCCAGCCUCUCCUUUUGCUGCCGCUCCUCCAACGAUAACUCCAUUUUCCAACUCUGGCCAUGUGGGUGGAUCAGAGGCCUCUAACUUGAGACCUACGCGGCCAAGUUUUCCGCCAAAUACUUUGCCACCUAUUACAGCUGGACCUGCAGGUUCUGGGGAGCCACCGGCCUUCAGGCCUGCACCACCAACUCGUUUUAAUGAUCCCUCCUUGCCCGCCCCACCUUCGUCAUACGGGCCCCCUGCUUCUGGAACAUUCAAUCGCUUCCCAACUCCACCAUUUGGAUCUAUGCCACCAGGUCCGCCUGCCCGUGCUCCACUUGUAGGCCAACCACCGUUCCAGCCUCCUCCCAGUCAGGUAUCACCUCCUCCGCCUUUUCGUCCACAGGGGCAGAUUCCAGCAGUGCCUAUGGGAUCUCCUCCACCCGGUGUAAACACUCCUCAAAUAGAUUCACCAUUUCCGGCAUCAAGGCCAAAUUUUCAGCCAUCUUUCCCCCCUACAGCUUCUGGGUACCCUGCAACUGGAGCCUCUUCGCAGCCGACUUUACCUGGGUAUGUAAAGCAGUCAAAUGCACCGUUUCAAGCUCCACAAGGUCCUCCUGUACAGUCACCCUUCCAAGCUACGCCUGUAGGUUAUGCGCCUUCUGCACCAACACCAACCCCACAUUAUCUUUCUCAACAGGGUGGUCUAGCUCAGGCUCCACCAGUAGCAUCUCCAUAUGGCUUGCAUUCUAGGGACCAAAUUCAGCAUCCAGGCACCAUGCCUCCUAUGGGUUCCAUGCAAGGUUUGAUAGAAGAUUUCAGCUCACUCUCUAUUGGAUCUGUUCCUGGAUCAAUUGAUCCUGGAGUUGACUCUAAGGCACUGCCGAGACCAUUGGAUGGUGAUGUGGAGCCCAAUUCAUUACCUGAGGGAUAUUCUGUGAAUUGCAAUGCUAGAUAUCUUCGACUUACAACAAAUGCUAUUCCGAAUUCCCAGUCUUUAGUCUCAAGGUGGCAUUUGCCUCUCGGUGCAGUUGUUUGUCCUCUAGCUGAAGCACCUGAAGGGGAGGAGGUCUCAGUACUAAACUUUGUUUCAACUGGGAUAAUUCGGUGCAGACGAUGUCGUACGUAUGUAAAUCCCUUCAUAACGUUUACCGAUUCUGGGAGGAAGUGGCGAUGCAACAUCUGCGCUCUACUUAACGAUGUUCCUGGCGAUUAUUUUGCCCAUCUGGAUGCCACAGGAAGAAGAGUUGAUCUGGAUCAGAGGCCCGAGCUUACAAAGGGCAGCGUUGAAUUUGUUGCUCCUACCGAAUAUAUGGUGCGGCCUCCAAUGCCACCCUUGUAUUUCUUCCUCAUUGAUGUAUCAAUCUCCGCAGUCAGAAGUGGUAUGAUUGAGGUUGUAGCAAAGACUAUAAAGUCUUGUUUGGAUGAUCUGCCUGGAUAUCCCAGAACACAGAUAGGGUUUAUCACUUAUGACAGCACAGUACACUUCUACAACAUGAAGUCAUCCUUGACACAGCCUCAGAUGAUGGUCGUUACUGAUCUUGAAGACAUAUUUAUUCCGCUACCUGAUGAUCUCCUUGUUAAUUUGUCUGAAUCAAGAACUGUGGUGGAUGCAUUUCUAGAUAGCUUGCCUACAAUGUUCCAGGACAACCUGAAUAUGGAAUCUGCUUUUGGUCCCGCCCUGAAAGCUGCAUUCAUGGUUAUGAGCCAACUAGGCGGAAAGCUUCUAAUAUUUCAGAACACAAUGCCAUCUCUUGGUGUUGGUCGCUUAAAAUUGCGGGGAGAUGAUCCACGUGCAUAUGGGACGGAUAAGGAACAUUCUUUGCGUGUACCAGAAGAUCCAUUUUACAAACAAAUGGCUGCUGAUUUUACCAAGUAUCAGAUAGGAGUCAAUGUUUAUGCCUUCAGUGAUAAGUAUAGUGAUUUAGCCUCCAUAGGAACCCUUGCUAAAUAUACUGGUGGACAGGUGUAUUACUAUCCAAGUUUCCAAGCUGCUAAUCAUUCAGAGAAAUUGAGUCACGAGUUAACCAGAGACCUCACUCGAGAAACUGCAUGGGAGGCUGUAAUGCGCAUCAGAUGUGGCAAAGGAAUUAGGUUUACAUCCUAUCAUGGGAACUUCAUGUUAAGGUCCACAGAUCUAGUGGCGCUUCCAGCAGUUGAUUGUGACAAGGCAUAUGCAAUGCAGUUAUCACUGGAGGAGACAUUACUGACGAAUCAGACUGUAUAUUUCCAAGUUGCUUUGCUAUAUACUGCCUCUUGUGGAGAGAGGCGUAUAAGAGUACACACUGCCGCUGCCCCAGUUGUCUCAGAUUUGGGGGAGAUGUAUCGUCAGGCUGACAAUGGUGCUAUUGUUUCUUUGCUUAGUCGUCUAGCAAUCGAGAAAACAAUGUCCAGUAAACUGGAGGAUGCUCGCAGUAAUGUACAUCUAAGGAUUGUCAAAGCUCUCAGGGAAUACCGAAAUCUUUAUGCUGUACAACAUCGGUUAGGAGGUCGGCUGAUAUAUCCAGAGUCUUUGAAGUUCUUACCAUUGUAUGGAUUGGCCCUCUGUAAAUCAACACCGCUCCGAGGAGGAUAUGCAGAUGUUCCACUUGAUGAGCGAUGUGCUGCAGGAUUUACAAUGAUGGCAUUACCUGUUAAAAGUUUGUUAAAACUUUUGUAUCCCAGCUUAAUUCAACUAGAUGACUAUCUCUUGAAGCCAUCUGCCAAUGCCGAUGAGUUUAGAAAGGUGAUGAAGAGAUUGCCUCUGACAGCAGACAGCCUUGAUUCUAGAGGCCUUUAUGUAUAUGAUGACGGCCUUCAGCUAGUUCUAUGGUUUGGAAGAAUGCUAUCACCUGAUAUAGCUAUGAAUCUACUGGGGCCAGAUGCUGCAGCUGAGCUAUCAAGGGUUACACUCGUGGAGCGUGAAACAGAAAUGUCAAGAAAGCUAAUGCUAUUGCUCAAAAAGUUAAGGGAGAGCGAUCCGUCGUACUAUCAGUUGUGUCAUCUUGUGAGGCAAGGUGAGCAACCCAGAGAAGGCUUUAUGGUACUCACAAAAUUAGUGGAGGACCAGACAGGCGGGACAAAUGGUUAUGUUGACUGGUUGGUCCAACUACAUCGGCAGGUCCAGCAAAAUGCCUGA